CAGCAACAGCAGCAACAACAACAACAAUUACAACGCCAACAACAACAAAAUACUUAUUCAACUGCUAUGUUGCAACAACAAAGCAAAACAAAUGUACAACAGCCGCAACAACAACAACAGCAGCAACAGCAACAAGCAAAAUUAAGUACUACACCAACAUCAACACCAGCCACGACAACAAUUGCACACGUUUUACCACCAACAAUUGCCUCAAGGCAACAUCUUCCCAUUGCUAAUGGUCCAAAUAAUGUUUCUAAUAAUCAAAAUAAUGUUGGUAAUAAUGCAGUUGCUGCAACAAAUGGCAAUAUUGUUGCUGCAACAAAUGGUAAUGAAAAUGUUGUUAAGGCAAAUUUAGCACCUGGCUGGCGACGGCUUGCCAAUAACGAUGAAGUUGUUUACAUUAGUCCAACUGGUGCCACACUGCGUACACAAUUUCAAAUUAAGGAUUACUUAUUAUCACCAGGUACCUGUAAAUGUGGUUUACCAUGUCCACUGCGCCCAGAAUAUUUUUUCGAUUUUAAUGCUCAGCUGCAAAUAAUUGAAGGACAGGAAACUGCACCAACUCCAACUGGUGCCACACUGCGUACACAAUUUCAAAUUAAGGAUUACUUAUUAUCACCAGGUACCUGUAAAUGUGGUUUACCAUGUCCACUGCGCCCAGAAUAUUUUUUCGAUUUUAAUGCUCAGCUGCAAAUAAUUGAAGGACAGGAAACUGCACCAACGUAUGAAUCUAUAUAA